UAUAUCGAUAUCGAAAACUUCCAAGCCAGAAUUACAGACAGCUUUCCCGUUAUACGUUCGUAACAUUGUAGAAUGUUGGUAGGGGCUAAUUAAGUUAAUUGUUACAUUUGCAAUAUGUAUCAAUUGAUAUAUAUAUGCAUAUAAUGAAAAAUGAUUGAAUUUGGUGAAAAAAAUUGCAUAAGUGAUACUAAAUUUAAUGUAAAAAGAUAUCAUUAGAACAAUUCCAAUUGUGUCGAUUCAUACGCAUGCGUGAAGUGUGUAUGUGUAAUUUGUGAUACACGAUUAAAUAAAAUAAUAGAAUUAGCGCGACGAAAGGUGUGCCCCUUUACGUAGGCCAUUUUGUUGUGCUUUGAUGUUUAAGGGAAUUGUUGCUUCAGGCGCAAAUAGGAACAACACAAAAAAUAAUGGAGGAAAUUAUAGAAAUUGUCAAAGUUGAGGAAGAAAUAUUGUUGACUGAUGAUACUUCUCAAAUCAUAAUUGACACAGAUGGUACUGAGAAAGAAGUUGUAAUAACUACAGAAGAUGAAUCCGGUAAUGUAACAGCUAUUUCCCAAAGUAGCCAGAUUAUACAAAUUAUAACAGAUUAUGAAUGUGUAACAUGUCAUCGCAUUUUUCAAUCAGAAAAUAUGUUAAAGGAACAUUUAGAUGUCUGCAGAGAAGAAGAUGAUUCUACAAAUAUAUUAAGAAAUCAAGAUAACUAUGAUUCUGAGGAUGAAGAUGAUGCUGAUGAUCCAGAUUACGAAUUCAAUGAUACAAAUAUUGAAGAUACUAAAGCUCAAAAAAACAAUAAUGAAAAACCAACGAUCAAACCUGUACUAGAUACACAAUGCCACUGCUGUGCUGAAGACUUAAAAGUUGCACAUAGCGGUGGUGAAUUUAAAUGUUCAGAAUGUGAAUUAUCAUUUAAAAAAAAUUCCUCUUUAGAAAGACACAAAAUAGUAAUACAUUGGAAAUGUGAGUCUUAUGUCUGUAAUGACUGUGAGUCAACUUUUCGUGAUAAAAAAUCAUUAAAUAAACAUCGUUAUACUACGCAUGUCAACCGCAACAUAUUCAAAUGUGAUAUCUGUGACACAUAUUUUUCACGUAAUUACCACUUGAAACGUCAUAAAAUGCAGUCUGGCUGCCAUGGAGAUAUACGUAAAACUUUUGACUGUCAAGUUUGUCAAAAAGUUUUCACACGAAAGGAUAAUCUACGCGAACAUUUGCGCACACAUGCUGGAGCACCUCAAAGACAGAAAAAACCAUGUAAAUAUUGUUCUAAGGAAUUUUUUACUACUCAACAAUUAAUAAUACACGAACGAUUACAUACUGGAGAAAGACCAGUACAAUGUGAUUUGUGUACGAAGACAUUUUUAUCCUCUCUUGCAUUAAAAAAACAUCGUCGUGUACAUACAGGAGAGAAACCAUUUGAAUGCAAAUAUUGUCACAGGAAAUUUGCGGCUCGUGAAACAUUAAAUCGUCAUCAAAGAACGCAUACUGGAGAGAAACCUCAUGUUUGCCAAUAUUGUGGAAAAUCAUUUAUUCAAGCAGCACAAUUAAGAGCUCACGUAUUUCAUCAUACUGGUGAAAAUGGAUUUUAUUGUGAUAUUUGUGGUAAAGCAUUUAAUAGAAAAGCUCGCUUGAAUGUACAUAAAAAAUUUGUACACGAAGGUGCAACACCAUUUACAUGUGAAAUAUGUGAGAAAGGCUUCACCCGAAGAGAAGACUUAGCAAAGCAUACAUUAUUGCACACAGGAAUCAAACCAUUUAAAUGUGAUAAGUGCUCGAAAGCCUUUUCUGCUAAAUCUUCAUUACAAGCACAUCUCAAUACUCAUAGACGAGAGCCACCUCAAUCGUGCGUUGAAUGUAAUCGUGUUUUUAUAAGACAAGAUUGUUUGAUGAGACAUGUUCGAGCUAAACAUAGAGAACUUUUGGAAGAUGUAAUGGACGAAGUGGAAAGAAAGCAUUUACAAGCACAAUUAUUCAAUAUUGCUUCCAUUGCUGCAGAGAAAACUAAAUCAGGAGAAUCUAAAGUACUUUCCACUGAUGAAUUACUAAAAGCAAUUUCAGAUCUAUUAAGGAUACUUAUUGACGAGGAAACCUUACAGUUAUUUGGUUGGCCUAAUGCUCCUAUUCAAGAUAUUUUAGAGGCUGUAAUUAGACGUUGUGGUCAUGAACCUCUAACAUCAGAUAGUACUUUACUUUUUAAUGAAAGGUUAAGAGCCAACGUUAAACUGUUAUUUACAGUUGUUAUUGAAGAUGAAACAGCUAAGUCAUUAUUAACGACUAAAACGGUAGACCAUGUUAUUCUUCAUGUUUUGGAAAUUUCACAAAAAUAAAAUUGUAAUAUAUAUUGUCAUGUAUUAGAUUAUUAAGUAUGAAAUGUUCGAUUUCGAGCUGAAAAUAAUCAGACGUUACAUACUUAACGACCUAAUUAUACGUGAAUUUUUGUAAUUAUAUUAAGUAAUAAUUCUAGUAUAUAUCUGAAGGAAAAUUUUCAGAUGUCGAAUUCGCGAAUGUUAGCUGCAGUUUUAAUAGAAAAACAAUAGUAUUAUAUGUUUAACUUUUGUUAGUAUAAUUGCUAACUUGUCACUGCUAUUGUAAUUUAAUUAAGCCUUAAGUACUUCUUUUACGAAUAUAUUUUAUUAAGAGUAACGUAAAUACUCGAUAUUAAGUGCAUAUUAUUUAAUGGGUAAAAGGAGUGAUACAACAAUUAUUAUUAAACUCUGUAAUCAUGUUAUAAUCAUGUUAUAUAUUUCGUGCUAUAUAUAUAUGUGCCUACAAUAGUAUAAAAUGAUUAAUAAUUAAUGCUCUUUAUAUAAAAUAUUUUGUCUCGUAAGUUUAUAUAAUGAUACCUCAGUUUGCGAACAUAAUUCGUUCCUAAAAUGUGCUUGUAAUACUAAAUAUCAGUUUUUUUUUUAAUCUAGUAAGUCUUUUUCUCUGUACCUGUUCCAAGACAAUCGUUCUUAACGAGUAAACUCCUUUAAUUAAUAAUUAAAACAAAAUAUCUAUAUUAGA